AUGGGUUUUUUUAAAAAAGCAUUGUUCUUAGGAGGAAUAUAUGGCGUGGGAGUAUACGCAGGUGCUGUUGCAUGGACCAUCAGAAAAGACGUUCUACGCUAUGAAUCAGAGCCCCAUCUGAAUCCAGUAGUUCCAGAAAAAAGAGUGGUGUCUAUUUAUAACGACAUUGCUGAGAAAUAUAGCAAAAAAAUUACAAAAGAAGAAUUAUUUUCAGGCAUCUACUUCCUACGCUUUUUUCACCUACGGAACGCAAAGGGUCAUGUUUUGGAAAUAGGCAGUGGACCAGGAUCAAAUUUUUCGUUCUACAAAUGGAAACAAAUACAAUCUUUAUCACUAGUAGAUCCUUCGGAAGAGAUGCAUAAACUAGCUUCUACCAAAGCUGAAAAAAAGGUGCCGAAGUCUGUUCAGCUGAAGCAAUAUUCACAACUAGAAGCACUACCCGAGGAGAGCUCGUUCGAUACAAUCGUUCAAACAUUUUGCCUGUGCUCACAAGAAAAUGCCGUCGAUAACCUGAAUAAAGCAAAACAAUUGUUACGCCCUGGUGGACAAAUGUUGCUCAUUGAGCACGGUAAAGGCAAAUAUGAGUGGCUGAAUAAAAUACUAAAUGCUUAUGCUGAAUCUCAUUAUGAGAGUUGGGGGUGUGUAUGGAAUAGAGAUAUCAAUGAACUAAUGAAAGAGUCAAAUCUAAAACUUGACUCUUGCAAGCGCUACAACUUUGGAACAACCUAUGUAAUAAAAGCCCACUAA